UAUUUAUAUAUAUAUUUAUAUAUAUAUAUAAAACUAUAAUAAUACAUGUUGUAAAUACAAGAAUAGCUGAAGAGAGCUUUGCGUCACGCGCGAAUCCUCGUCAAACCGAGUCGAGAAGAUGUCAGAUGUAGGUUUGCUCGACGAUUCGCGAAAUGUGUUUUCUUCUGUGCCUGUAUACAAUUUUUAUUGCCCUCGCAUCGACUGGUCCGACGCUCGUGCAACUUGGUUUCCGUUCUUUUAUCUUUUUUCUUUUGAUACAACGUGUAUUAGCAACCGAGUUCUUGCGAUAAUUUACCAGAGGUGUCGACGUUUGGAAUCGCACACCCUUUACGACGACAAUGUCAAAUUGUAUUCGAAUUUUAUUUGAUACUUUCUGUAUUUAUAAUAUUUAUUACGUUUUUCUUUUUUUCUCUUUUUCGUACGUUGAUCUAAUAAAGUUUCGAGCGAUACUCUCGCAACAGCCGGUUUUGCAUCUCCGACGGCGAGGUUGCGCCGAACAUUUACUACUCUCGUGUAAAUUUAUGUACAAUAACCCAAUGAACGCAUUGAUCCCCUCACUUUUCUCGAGAUCUAGUAAAAAAAAAUGAGUACAGUUCAAGAUCUGUUGUCUGUUGUCCAUUACCCGUUUUACUCGAUGCGAUUGUAGCGGUACAUCGAAUCGGUGCCUUCCAAUCUCUUCAGCGACGCACACCACCGUUCGGUAUCCUCGAUUGCAAGUUCUCGUCUGUAAUGCGCUUAAAUAUUUUUCUAUCAUGUGUGCCGUGCAAUCUAAUUGUAAAGUUCGAGUCGUUCGUCAGGUAAGUCGCAUACAUGAUUUUAUACUAACACGGAUUCUACUGUUUCGUUAUUUCAAACAUAAACUAUUCUCGAUAUGUCAGACGACUGACACUUGUAAUAAAAUAUAAGACAAUAAACGUUCACGUGUUCUUUCUAUUUCCCGUCAAUCGAACAUUUUAAUACCGUUAAUUGUACGGGAUAAAAAAUAAUACUUCAACAAUUAUUCUAAUCCUAGCUAAUAAUAAUUAUGAACAGAAGGAUGCCGAUCGAUCAGUAUAUCGAAAUUAGUUUCGAUUGUUAUUUCAUUUUUAGUCGGCAUUUACCGUGACAACGACAACGUCAUUUCACCGAUACAAAGAGGAAAAUUCACAAGUAGACCAACCUUAAAAUUUCUAAAUUCACCGUGGAUUACCAAAUUCAAAAACGAUGCCUCGAAACUAAUAUUAAACUUCGCGAUACGUACUUAGUAGGGUAAGUAUCUUGUAUUAUCAUUAAAUUGAAAGAGAAAAGAAUUAUGUACGACCGCGUGGUCGCGUAGGGUCGUCAAAAAAUUCAGUGACAAAAAAAGAAAGAGAAAUAAAAAAUAAACGUGAAAAUAAUAAAAAUACAUUCACAAAAAAGAAUAUAAGAGAAGAAAUAUUUACAUUUGGGUCAAAAUAACCACGUUGUUCUAUAUAUUCUACGACAGUGGCACACCCCCUCAAAAAAUAUGGCGGCUGCGAAGAAAGUGGACAUCAAGGAAAACGCGGACAACGCCCCAGGAACAUCGGGCGAAGGCGAUGCCGCCCCCAAAAAGAAAUCUCCGCGAUUCACCUUUGGUAAAAGAUGGUAUCGAUUUCGCGUUCUAACCCCGAACUCUUCCAUUCUUCGCGGUUCGUACGCGAUGAACAGCCCGCACUUCAAGUACAGAAGUCGCGGCCGUCAAGCCGCCCCGGCGUCGGUGGUGGCCAUCACUUACGGUCGGCUGUUCGAGCCGAAAGAGUGGACGAAGGAGUACGUGGACCAGGUAUUGGAGUACGCCGACAAAGUGUACCGUACCAGCGCGAUGAGGAAUCACGUGAAGGACAACGAGUACAUGAAGACCAACUUGAUCCAUCCAGAGUUCUACAUCGCGAAUUACAAGGUCCUGGUGUGCGCCGAGGAGACAGGGAUCUAUGGGAACCUCUUCAGCGAAACCGUAGGCUGUCCAGAUUUUGCUGAUGGAUUGCAAAAGUUUUUCCAAAGCAACGACGCGGGCGUGAUCACCGCUCAGGCCACGUCGAUGGCCAUGUGGCGUCACCCAGACGUUGGUUUCCUGUACUUUGAUCCGGCACCAUGCGACGAAGAAGGUGUUCGUCACCCAGAAGGCACGGCCUGCCUCAUGAGGUUCAAAUGCAUGAACGAUCUACGCGACCACUUUCUGAAGAGCAUGGAUAAACGCUACGACUCGAGGUACUGCAUCGACAAGGUGACCGUUCUUCGUGUGAGCGAAGUAGGUCGAGGAUACGUCGACCGUAUCCCCAGCAGCGGUCGCCUGACAGUCGACAAGAGCGUUCUCCGCGCCAUAAAUCCGGUAGACAUAGACGAAAAUCAAUUAGACUGCACGAAACCGGUGCCGAAGAAGGACAAAGCGAAGGCCGUCACCACCGCGAAAAUCCACAAGGAGCCGUUGUCCAUCACCAUUUCCAACUUCAGUAUCGACAAACGUUUCGCCACCGAUCCGUUGGUGAACCAGGACGAGUUCGACACCGGUUACACGUACGAAAAUAUGCACGUGAACGUGCCGUCGACGUUCAGAGAACUGCCUGGGAACAUGGCGAUUCUUCACGGGUUGACUCACGAAGGGAGCGACGUGUACAAGGGCAAGGGCCUGCAGAACGUGGCGAACUGCGUGAUGGCUAUCGCCAUGACGAGGGUUCAUCCAGUGAAAACGUGGCUCCGACCAAAGUUGGACGAGAUAUUGACCUUGGGAGACAAUCUGUACGCGGACGUGAAGGCGGAGAAGCCAUCGAUGAGGACCAUGACCGCGUCCGAUUUAUACGACGUGAGGAUUCAAGUGGAAAAUAGAAAGUUCGUGAUCGACGUGGACCUCAUCACUGUCACCGGCACGGUCUCCUCGAAGAUCCCAACGGUGCUGAACUUGAAGCAAGGCUUGGAGGAGUUCUUUCUAGUGAACACCGAGGGUGUGAUCGAGUCCUCGUCGAUGUCCGUGGCGAUCUGGAAGAAGGACGAUUGUUACUACAUGUUCGAUCCUCGUCAAUGCGACACCGUGGGUGUUAGAAUUCGCGAGGAGAAGGGCGGAAAGGGUACCAAAGGGAACGACGUGGAGUUGAAGGGGAACUGCUGCGUGAUAAGGUUCCCAACGACCGAGGCGCUAGCUACUCUGUUCUGGAAGAACCUGGAACACUCGAAGAAGAACGACCGUUUCACCGUCAGACACAUCACCAUCUUGGACGACGUUCCUGGGACCAGGCCGUGGCACGACUUUCAGCCUGGAACGCCAGGCGAGACUUGGGUUCUGCAAGGAACCACGUCUAACGAGGACGAAGAGUUCGAAGAUGAGAGUCGAGGCAAUCAAGGACUCGCCAUGCCGGUAGUGGCUCUUAUCAGCGCCAAAGAGACGCCGCCGAGUAAGUGGACUAACGAGACGGUCGAUACCGUGAUACGCGAAGGAGACGCGUAUUACAACUGGUGCAAUCCCGUCACGGACGUCGAGGAAGAGGGUGGGACGUAUUUCUUCGUUCCUAACUUGAAGAAGAACCUGUACUUCAAGAACAGGAAGGUGAGGAUCGACGUGGAGGAGGGAACGAUCGUCGGAAAUUUAACCGCGCCACCCGGAAGCGACGUUCCACGCAUGGAGGCCGCUCUGAAGCAAUAUUUCGAGGAUCAUCAGUACGGUAUCGUCGACGUGAAGAACAUGAGCGUGGCCGUGUGGAAGGUGAUGGAGGACGUGAAGGUAAAGGACGAAGUGGUCCAGCAGCCCGUUUACUACUGCUUCGAUCCCAAUCCGCGGAACAAUCUGGGUCUGUGGGAAGCGAUGGACGAAGAAAACAGCGCGGCCUGCGUGAUAAGGACCCUGGAUCUAUCCGUCUUAGCGAAGGUGAUCGAGACGAACGCUGGACAAGACCAGGAGACCAGCGAUGAGUUCUCUAUCCACGACAUGAAGAACAUACAAAUCGGCUCGGAGAUGACGGACGAGGAGAUCGAGGAGGACAAACUGAUCCCCGUGAAGCCGGACCUGCACAAUUACGUAAACAUGGGCGACACAGGGGCCAUCUUAUUAGGCAGCUUCAAUCAGGGUAACGAGGCAAUGUUCAAACGUCACACCAGAGACAAGCAGCAGGCGGCCAGCGCGUUGGCCGCUCUGGCGAUGACGAAACUGUACAAUCCUCACCUCUGGUACAGAGAAGUGGUCGACGACGUGCUGAAGCUGGGCGACAAGAUCGCCGCGGAGAACCUGGAGAAUCUUCCAGAAGAGGAAGUAGAGGACGAGAUUCCGAGGAAUUACCUUCUUCCCAGCGAAAUCGCCGAGGACUUCGCCGUGGGAGUGAAUCGAAUGUCAGUCGCGCUGGAGGAGGAGUCUAAUACCGGCAGAAUGACGGAAUUAGAGACGCAGUUGGAGAACUUCUUCGAGACGAACUUGAUGGGGAUAUUCAGACAGGACAGCGUGAUGAUGCCGAUCUGGAGAGAAGCGGAUGUUUACUUCACGAUGGACCCUAGGGGAAGGGACACUCGAGGCGAGCCUCGGGAAAAAGAUGGCACGGCUUGCGUGAUGUGGUUCACCGAUAUUCCGUCGUUGGUCACCGCGAUUCAAGCGGUAGCGACCGGAGACGAGUUCGUUAUCGAUACAGUCACCGUGGACAACGUCUACGAGACGCGAGUAGCCGAAGAGGAGCGUCCGGCGCAACUAGCCUCGGGAGAGAAUCCCUGGUAUCACUUCCCCAAGAUAACGGAAGGCGUUUGGAGUAUCGACGGCACGCUCAGGAUGGACGACGAGAGGUUUCAGGAGGCGAAUCGUAAUCAACAAACCGCGGCCAUUGCGGUAGUGGCCCUCGUCUUCGCGAAAGUCUACGAACCACGCUAUUGGACGCCGACCGUGCUCGAUGAAGUGAUAGUCACGGGUGAUAAGCUGCACACGAAAUGCGUGGAGAGACUCGGGGAAGGUUCCGUACCGAAGAUAAACGAGAUCAUGACGGAGUUCUUCCUCUCGACGCGUCGAAUUAAUCUAACGGUCAAGGACUGCGUCGAGGCGGGUAGCUUGACCGCGAGGCCGCCCAAGGUUCAAGGUCUGCAGGAAGGCAUCGAUAAAUUCUUCGCUCGACACAGCUCAGGCGCGCUGACUUUAAGCGGUAACAAGAACAUCCCUAUUUGUAGGCUGGAUAAUUUUUACUACGUCCUGAUUCCCGACUGGGUCACCGCUAAGGACGAGACUUCGACUGUCGCGCCCAAAUUCCUGCGCUUGAUCAACACAGAAAUCUUGGUGGGAUACCUUCUGGACUAUCUCGGAUCGGAAGGCGAUUACGAAUUGAUCGCGAUCGACGUGGUCAAUUGGAAUAAAUUCCCUCCGUGGAAGUUCGAUCCGAGCCCCGCUGUUCGUCCCUCGAACCUGCCGCCCUUGAAUGCUUAUAGAAGAGUCCAGGGCGAGGCUCGAGCGAUCCUUCGCGGCAGCUACCACCAGGGAGACGAGAUCUUUCCUGAAUCCCUUCGGAACAAGCAGAACGCUGCCAACUGCGUGGUCGCUCUCGGUAUGUCCGUAGUAAAGAACCCUAUCACCUGGACGAAGAGGACCAUGGACGAGAUCCUGGCGAUCGGGACGAACGUCCACAGGCUGACGCAGAAAGCUAAACCGACCAUAGUGAGGAUCAAGCCGAAGGACAUUAUCAGAGUGUUCUACGUGGGGGUGAAUAUCUUGACUGCUGAUAUAGAAGCUAGCACCGUUUCCGGGAUAGUCGCUAUCCCGCCACCUCAGCCGGAGGAUAAGAAGAAGAAAAGAGCAAGAGGUAAACAGAGGAGAGCCAGAACCUCCAGAAGAGGUAAAAAGACGAGGGGACCGCAGAGGGUUCGACCACCGCCUCCUCCGCCGAUUCUACUGGAGAAAGGCGUUCCCAAGUUCUUCGAGAAUAAUCGAGCAGGAGUGUUGGUCACUGAUCGCGGUGCUGUGGCCAUCUGGAAGGACAUGGGCGUCUAUUUCAUGUACGAUCCGCGGGCUUUGAGCGAUCAGGGUCUGCCAGACUUCUAUGGCACCUCGUGCGUGAUGUGGUUCGCUUGCAUAGAACCCCUGUACGAAACUCUCUUCGCCAACAUCGACGAGCAAGAGAAAUACGGACGUUAUCAGAUAUGCAGGGUCAUCAUCAAGACCGCGAUGAUCGAGCCUCUGCCCUGUCCCGCAGGAUUCAGGCCCUAUUUCGACUGCACGUCUCCACCGAUUCCUGUUGUUCGCAUGAGGAGAAACACUACGUUGGACGUGGAGACGGUCACGGAGUACAACUUCGUGGACGAAGAGCUGAGCGUUUUGCGAGGCAGCCUGCACAUGAACCAUCGUAUCUGGAGCACCACCAGCAGAGGCUACCAAAGUACUGCAAUAGCCGCUGUAGCCAUCGUCGUGGGUCUCCUUCACGUCCCUUCGACCUGGACGCCCGAAUUGAUCGAUGCUAUAUUGAAAUACGGUGAUCUAUUGCACUCCGACAGCGUCCGCGCCGCUCGUCCUGGAUCCAGGAACCUCUCGCCCAGCGAACUCCUCACGGUCUUCAUCGUAGGCGAUUUUCGCGCUACUAUACAUAUUCAUAAUCACACCACGGCAGGAUUGCUCCACACGUUCGAUUUGGCGGACUCCCUGGCGUUGUUCUUUCGAUCCAAUUGCGCGGGGAUCCUUCACACGACCAACGUAGCUGUCGCCGUGAUGCAGCAUUACGGCAAGUUCUAUUUGUUCGAUCCCUGCGCGAGAAACGAUCAGGGCAGGCCUAGCUUCGACGGUGCCGCGUGCGUGAUGAAGUGCGAGAGCAUCAUGAAAAUGGCCAAGGUCUUCGUGACAAAUUGCAAUCUUAAAACGCCGAACGUUUACACUCUGAACGCGGUGAACGUGCUGAGCCUCUUUUUCUUCUCUGACGCCAAGACUGGCUGCCCGCCAAAGUGCGAGCAGUAACACACGAAAUUGUUCUCUAUACUAUUUUAUUUAUUAACGAAAGCGAGAAUUGCCUCGUAGAUUAUUUACGAUAGAUCGUUACAUCCGAUAUAUAUGUAACUUA